AUGGCGACGAUCGGCUGGGUGAGAGGGUACCUCAUGAGCUUGUUGGUCAUAGCCUUUCUCAGCCAUGGUGUGUCCAAGGAAACCAUCGGAAUUGAGGAUAAAAAGAAUGAAGCCCUAGAGAAAGCAGAACGCUUAAGUCAGGAGCUAAACAAAUUCUAUACACAAGUUUUACCCCAUGCACACAUGGAAAAAAAAUACAAUGAAUCUACUAGAAUCAAAUAUGAGAAAGUAGAUGGAUUGAUGCUUGUAAAGGAAAUGGCAGCUACCCUUGGAGAGAUUCUUGGCAAGAAAGUAGAAGGUUUAAGGAAUGCUGUUAAGAAAGCUGAGAAUAUUGCCAAAUAUUACAAGUGGAACAAAGAUUUGAAGAUUGGCACAGUGGAAUAUGUGAAUUCUAAGUUACUGAAGCGCAACGACAACAUGCUACAGUACAACCCCAUCUUUAACCAGGCUGUGAAUAUGUCUGUCUCCAGUGUUCACAUUCCUGUGGAGAUCUAUGAAGGAAAUAUUGACAUUCUGAAUGGACUGAAGUGGACUGCUGAUUUGGACAAAGUGUUUCAAGAAAAUCGUGAAAAAGAUCCAGACUUGCUGUGGCAGUUUUUUGGAAGCCAAACUGGCUUUAUGAGAACUAUGCCAGCAAGUAGGUGGAGGUGUUUUGGUGAAGUGGAUCUGUACGAUGUUCGGCGACGACCAUGGUACACACAAGGCUCCAGCUCUCCUAAAGAUAUGCUUAUCUUAAUUGAUAGGAGUGGUAGUGUGCACGGUCAAGCAUUACAGUUGAUCAAGGUGGCAGUCCAGUCACUCCUAGACACCCUCGGAGAUAAUGACUUCUUUAAUAUCAUAAAGUUUUCUUCAAAGGUUGGAUUUGUUCAUGACUGUUUCAACCACACAUUUGUACAAGCAAAUUAUCGUAACAAGAGGAUAUUGCAGAAUAAAGUAGCUGACCUUAAGGCUUAUGGCAAAGCUGAUUUUAAGAACGCCUUAACCUUUGCCUUUGAACAGUUCCAAAGGUUUCGAGAAAAUGACACUUUGAACCAGGGUGCCAAAUGCAAUGAGGUAAUCAUGUUGCUGACAGAUGGAGGCUCUGACAAAGCAAAGGAAGUGUUUGAAAAGUACAACUGGCCAAACAACAAAUCUGUUCGAGUCUUUACGUACACCAUAGGGUCCACCUCUGACCCUACAGACUCCAUUCGCUGGAUGGCUUGUGCAAACAGAGGAUUUUUCUCUCCUAUCCCAGCCAUGGGUGCUAUUCGUUCAAAAGUUCAGGAUUAUGUCAAGGUGUUGUCCCGUCCUCUAGCCCUUACCCAACCCCGCGAUUUCAUGUGGACAAGCGUCUACAAAGAUAGUAUGGGAUUAGGCAUGAUGACAACUGUUACGUUACCAGUGUAUAACAAGUCGGUGGAUGCAAGUAACCAAACUAUAUUGGGUGUGAUGGGUGUGGACGUCACAACUCGCCGGUUAAUGGAAGCAACACCAAUGGAGAAGCUGACACCAAAUGGGUAUUCCUUUGCCAUCAACCAGAAUGGUUACAUCAUAUUCCACCCAGAUCUCAAAGCUCAGAAUGGCUGGCUCCAGGACCCUCCAAACGUGGACUUCCUGGAUUUGGAAUACGAGACAGAAGACAAGGAAGAGUUGCGACGAAGGAUGAUAAGUGGGGAAGAGGGCCACGAAGACAUCAGUACCUUUCUUGUUCAGGUUGAUCAGAAACACAUCAUUGAAGUCAACAGAACCUAUUUUUUCACCAGCAUUAAUAAUAGUGAUUUCAGCUUAGGGCUUGUUAUACCAGAGUACGCAGAGGUCUAUCCAGUGGUGGAGGAUAAGUACUCAGAGGAUGAAGGUUUUAAGAUCUUGGAGGAUAUCAAAGACACAUCUUUAGUAGCCAUGAAAGAUUAUUAUGUGAACUACACCAAGGGUAAUCGGAGUGAUGUAACAGGGAUGCUACAGGACCUACUCAACAGUCGUGGAUCUGUCCAAUGGGAUGAUGACCUGUUGCAGCAUUUGUUCUGGGAUGCAGAUAUUAGCAAGAAGUUCAAUGACGUUGAGCAGCUGUUGAAAGGAAAUUUCGCACAAUCGUGGAAAGGAGUGCGGGCUGUAUUCCUGGGAACUGACAGUGGCUUAACAAGGUUCUAUCCCCAAGAAGCUGCAGAAUUACUGAUGGACGAGAGAGACACCUCAAGAACACCUUACUACAAGCGAGCGCUGGAAACAGAUGACUUCAUCUUCAUUGCUCCUCCAGAUGGCAUGAUUGAUGGCAAUGACACAAUAGUACCUGAUGUGACCAUGGUUAAGGCUAUUUCCAUCAAAACACAUGCUGGGAACACCUACAAACCUGCAGUGAUGGGUUUAAAGAUGGAACACAGUAAGUUACUGAGCUUCAUGUCUGACAUCAGCAUGAAUGGAUAUACCUGUAAUGAUUCUGAUAGAAUGGUUUGUUACCUAUUGGAUGAUGGAGGAUUUGUCAUCGCAACAAACCAGGAGGAUAAAUAUGCUCAGGUGGGGCACUUUUUGGGGACAGUUGACAAUGCACUUAUGUAUCCAUUGGUGAACGACAGUACUUUCUAUGACAGUAAAACCCGCUAUGAUUAUCAAGCAUCAUGUCCAGAUCAGCAGAAGAAGAGCUCUAUUGCCGGACUGCGCUCUCUUAGAAUUCCGACAUUUUCCAUGCUGUAUGAAUUUCUCAGUGUGAACUGGUGGUCUUCUCAGAUAACAUGGGCUUACAUCAAUUUCAACCUGUACAACUGGUUAUUCGGGCCUUCCUCGAGCACAGCUUAUGCCCAACAAGCGGAUGUGCCCUACAACACUGUCACAGAUGAUGAGGAGGAUGAAGGGACUGAAACAGACUGCAGUCCGUUCUCGGAGGACACUCCCACCAACCAUAGCUGCACCAAGGUGGAGACCCACUAUUACUUCGUCCCAGACAUGAAGGUUACUGUUAGCAGCAUCUACUGCGAGAACUGCACCAGGGAGUUCAGGGCUGCUCGGGUGGGAAAGACCAACCUCCUGCUGCUCAUUGCAGACAGUGAGUGCAUGCUUGACGAGUGCCCAUUUUAUGACAUCCCGCAGGCUCCUAGAGAAGAUGAGACACCAGAUGACUGUCAGAUAAACAUGAGGUACCGUCGUCGCCCAGAGGGCUGUUAUUCUAGAGAUGCUAAUGAGGAUGACACAAAGUGUGGCUCUAUCACCCACCAGCCGUCCAGCUUGUCUGUUCUAAUAGCAACGGUCAUAACACUACUGAUCUCUAGGCAUUUCACCCAGGUGGUCACGUGAGGAACGCUUCAUCUAGGAAUCAGUUGUUGUGUUUACCUGUGUCUCUGGGGGUUAGAAUGGUUGCGGUGGGCAAGACCUAGGGAGAUUUGGGCUGCUGGAGACCACCAAGCAGCAAGAGGAGGAUGGGGGGUCAGUUGAGAGAGGAGGAAGGUUGGUGCUGACUGACUGCCAAAAGCUGUUUGUGUUUAGGGCUGUAUUUGAACCCCAGUGCUAUGGCUCAGAACUCAGCCAAGAAAGAAAAAGAACAUCCCAGCAGUCUUGUGUUCUUGUAUAGAAUCAUGACAUUCAUUUGAUCCAGUAUUUUUUUUUCUUUUUGGACUUUUGUGAUAGAUAAUCAUGAACUAUGGUAUUCUAGCAUAUGAUGGUUACCAGCAGUACUUUGUUGUCCCAAGUUAUUUCGAUACCUCUGUUUACACACGAUGUUUACAGAUUGUUAUCAAUUCCAUAUUUUGUCUUUUUUUUUUUUUUUUUUUUUGGGCAUUUUUAGUGCCUCCUUACUCCGGGAUUGUAUUGGAUCUUUGCAGGUGGUUGUUUACUGCACCUAACAGAAUUUUACAGCACAUUGUAUAUGGACACAUUAGCCUCAAAAGGCAUAUUGUACAUAGUUUCAUGUGUUCAUGACAAGUCCACUCAAUGUACUAAUAUGGCUUGAAGUUGCAUUUUAACAUUUUUGACUUUAAAAAAUACAACCUGGGCAGGGGUAUGUGUAAAUGCUACAGGCUUCCACAAGAGGGUUGAUAUUUGUACAUGAAUUUUAUUGUCCUGGUUUAGAAAAUUGUGAUGUGACAGGACUUUUAUUAGUCGCACAAUGUCACUGUUGUCAACACAAGCAACAAUCAGAAUUGAUGUAGGAAUAUAAUAAUUUAUAUCUUCUUAAUGGAAAACAAGAAUAACAGAACACAUCAGAUUUUUUAUCAGUGUCGGCCUGACAUUUAUUUCUGAUUUUUAAUGUUUUAUUCAUAUGUUCAUCCUCUUGACUUUAGCUAUUGGUGUGUUUAACUUGUCUGUACUGAAGAAUACGUGGAAGUCUUUGGUUUGUAUUUUGAGAGUUGUAUGUAUGAUAAAACAGAUGAUUGGUAAAUUCUUAUAUUUGGAAAUCAAGAGGUUCAUUCUAAAAUUGCCUUAUGGACCAGUUGUACCUGAAUACAGACAGUAUCAUUGAACACUGAAUCGGUUAGCAUUGGUGGUUAUUGAUUCUUAUCCUUACUGUAUAUGUAUUGUACAUGUAGGUUUCCAUUCCUUUUGUUCAAAUUCCAUACUUGGAUGAACAGUGCAUCUGUUCCCUUUGAUAAUGCUAACACCUUGCUCAAGGAGUAGAGUUGAAGGAAAAUCGUAUUUAUCAACUAUUGACCAAACAAUGAAUGUGGUAGUAAGGCUAUAGACUGAUCACAAAUGAGAAGCUCCUUUUAAUAUUGGGAUAUCAAGAAUCUAUUUUUUUGUAAACUGUUGGUGAUGUGCCUAAAAGUGGCCCACAACUUGUCAGUAGAACCUAAAUCACAUGCUUUUUGUAGUGCCUAGUUUAACAAACAAUAAUGGAUAGCAUUUCAAGUGGAAGGAUAUUGUUGCCUCCAGUGCUGUGGGGAAAAAGGAGGUGAAAAGUGUAUAUAGGCAGGGCAACAUGGUGUUUGGGUGCAAGUUCAGCUCUGUGUACUAGAUACAAGAUUAGCCCGGUGUUCUAGCUACAUGGAUGGCAGCCCAGUGUUCUAUAUACAAGAAUGUUAGCCCAGUGUUCAAGCUACAUGGAUGGCAACCCAGUUUUCUACAUACAAGGUCAGCCCAGUGUUCUAGCUAACUGGAUGGCAACCCAGUGAUCUUGAUACAAGAAGACCAGCCUGUGUUCUAGUUACAUGGAUGGCAACCCAGUGUUCUAGGUAAAGAGAGGUCAAGGCAGUUCUCCAGAAAAAGGGUUGACUUGGUGUUCUGCAUUGUAGAAGGUUAACCAAAUCUUUUAGUCACAGGGAUUGCAACACAAGUGUUCUGUAUAUGUGGAGGUUAACUGUGUUAUACCUACAUGGAGGUCCAACACUGUUAUCAAGGAGGUGAACUAAAGUGCUCUAGAAACAAGGAGGUCAGUUCAGUAUCCUGUGUAUAUUGAGCUAAUGUCAUUAGAAAUUGAACCCAAUCCAGGUAAAUCCAACUUAGUAAUUAGUUGUUAAUUUGUUCAGUACACAUGCCUCUGACCAGGGACCUAAAAUGAAUACAUACGCACAUCCUGCUUUUUUCAGACGGACUACCAAAGUGUUAAGCGUACAUAAAAAUGGCACAGAAUGUUGAUUUUGAAAGUAGUAUGAAUGGCUUAACCCAGUGGUGAUUCUUAACAACCAAAUGCUCAAGAACAGGAUUUUACUACAGAAUAAUGAUUUGCAGCCCUUUCGCAAAUUUCUUUCCACAAGGAAAUGAUUGUGGUGAUGCAAACUGUGAUGAGUUGUUUUUUAUGCGGUGUUAAUAGACUUUUUGAAAGAGUCAGAACCUUGGAGAGUUAUGUGUGAUUUUGUACUUGUUGAGUGUAGUUCAGAAAUCUAUGGUUCCAGACAGAGUGAUGACAAAAAAAAAAACACUAAAUGGUGUGUAUGUAUAUAAAAUGUGUGAGCACUUUUAUGAACUUGUUGUUUUAGUCUGUGAUUGUGCUCCUUGUGAACACCGUUUACUAUUCUUGACUGUCUGCUACGGUUGACCUAACGUUAAUUGCACACAUUUUAUGUAAGGUUUUUUUCGACAUGCAGACAGAACACAAGCGUUAUACCCCAGUGUGUUAUUUACUGUUUCAGCUUAUAAAGAGUUCAUUGACAUAUCUGUUCUUUGUAUCCAUUUUGUUACUUUCCAACCUGUGAUGGAUUAUGUGUAUAGAUAUAUAUAUAUAUAUGUAUGUAUGUACACAAAGAUAUAUAUUAUACACAGCAGACCACAGACAUUAAUUGUAACAUACAUGUCAUGUUAUCGUAUUAGGUGUGUAAGGUAAAUGAGCCAAAAUAUACGUUCAAGAACUCUAUAUAUACAAGUAUAAAAAUGCAAGAUAUCUCCUUUCCUCUUCUCCACUGGUCAUUUUCACUCUGCCCGUCCAAUGCAAUGUCUUUUUUUGUGUACAGGCAAAUUGCAUUCUUUUGUGAUGUGGUGUGGUGUGGUGUGGGAGUUUUAUUGUACUGCAAUUUAAGUCUGCUUAUUGCAAAAACUUUUUGGUGUGUUAUUGCAAGAGACUGGCAGAUUUUAAACAUACCCGGCUGGAAGACACAUGAAGGGGACGUUUGGAGACAUUGAUUCGCCAGGAUUGAAGUAUUGCCGAUGCGGCGUAAAGGCAAGAAGAUCCAUUCAGAAUACCUUGAGGUAAUCUGGUUUGAAAUAAUCAGCGUGGCCUCGACCUACGAGAUUGGAAGAGGGAUGUGUGAUAUUUGUUGAGUGUAUUAGGUUUGCAGACAACUGUCGGUUAGCAGAUGGUACAUAUUUCCUUAUCAUAACUGAAAAUGUUAAAAGAUUUUUUUUUUGCAACAUGUAUAUUUCUUUUAAUUCUUUUCCCAUAACGUUCUAAUGUUGAAAUAAUGAAUGAACAUCGACUUACAUGAUAUAGGCUAAUCAGUCACUAGCAUUACCUUCACUUCGUGAACUGUCACUCUAGAUCCAUAUGCCUAUGGGUAUGUGAACCUUGGCUUCUGUUGCCAGAUGCUGGCGUAUGGAACUACUGAUGUGCAAUAUAUAUGUUUACAUGUAUUUUAUCCAAAUAGUACAUGUAAAUGUACUGACAUCUUUUAAUUCAGUUAGUAGCUUUUUAUUCAAGGGAUUGGGUUCGAAAUUGGUAGCUUUCAUAACAAAUAUACUAUUCAAGCCUAUAGGGAUUUGUCACUAUUGUGAAAUUUACAACUAUAUGGCACUUACUUUCUACGUAUUCUGCUAUUUUGGUUACUGUCCAAUUUAGAGAUCCGAAUCCUUGUGUGGUUCACUGGUUCACAGUGAAUGGAUGUAUGACUUCGUCCCUGGUAGGCUGUUCGUGACCUAUGGUACACAUCAUUGUCUUGACCGUUAGUCCAAAAGCUGUCACCGCUAUUUCUUUCUAUGGGCUGAGUGUCUCCCUUUUUUUUCUUGCCUGUAAUAAACUGAUCUUUCCAUAAAAAUGCCGUUCCUAUUGUUUAUUGUGGUGUUAUUUGUACUUUCACCAAUUAAAUAUAUACUGCCUUCGAU